AGUACAGUACAGUCAGCUGUGGAAGUGGGCCGAAGUGCAUCCAGAACAGAGGCGGACGGAACACAACUGUGCGUGUAGGCAACAUGACCUCAUUAAUGUGGGGACUGCUCUGUGUCAGUGGCAUCCUGGCAUCGGCAGCUCGGGGAACUUUCCCACAGUUUGGGUCACGCAACCGGCAGAUCCACUCAAUUAGCCCUUCAAUCCCACGAGUUUCCCCGCACGGCCCUCCAAGGGUCUCCCAGCGCUUUGAAGAUAUCAAAUCUAUUGAACAAACCUCUGACGAACUGAGUGCUGAAACUUUUGGAGAGGUCCAGCGGGGCGGUUCCACAGCGCGAGCCUUCCAGCAGCAGCAGGGUGCCCGAACAGGUGCCAACAACCUGGAGCAGGAGAGGAGAGCGGACAAUGGAGCUGGUGGCACUAAUUCUAGGUUUAAUCGCUAUCAGUCCUCCCAUCACCAGCCGUCUUCACAGCUGCAACACAACGCUGCACCAUCUGCACCCUGGCAGCCCGCUCGAAAUCCGAGUGGCUCUCUUGCAUCCAUCAGAACUGAAGCAGCAACAAGAGCGAAUUGCAGAAAUCGUCCUAUAGACCUGGUCUUCAUCAUAGACAGCUCCCGCAGCGUACGCCCUGCCGAGUUUGAAAAGGCCAAGGAGUUCCUGCAGCAUAUGGUGGAAAGCUUGGAGAUCGGCUCGGACGCCACGCGGGUCGGCCUCGUCAAUUAUGCCAGCACAGUGCAGAAUGAGUUUCAACUAAAGACCUAUUUUGCCAAGUCUGCCCUGAAGCAAGCGCUAGCCCGUGUUGAGCCCCUCGCUUCAGGCACCAUGACAGGCAUGGCCAUCAAGACUGCCAUGGAGAAAGCUUUCACCGCGGAGGCAGGGGCCCGAGCUAGCUCGGCGAACAUUGCCAAGGUAGCCAUCAUAGUGACAGACGGGAGGCCCCAGGACCACGUAGAGGAUGUAUCAGCCGCAGCUCGCGCAUCUGGGAUCGAGAUCUACGCAGUGGGAGUAGACAGAGCGGAUAUGGCGUCCCUGCGCCUCAUGGCCAGCCUCCCACAUGAUGACCAUGUCUUCUAUGUGGAGACCUAUGGUGUCAUUGAGAAGCUCACUUCCAAAUUUAGGGAAACCUUGUGUGGUUUGGAUCCGUGUUCUCAGGGACACAAUUGCCAGCACAUUUGUGUCAACAAUGGCAACUCAUACGACUGCAAGUGUCGCAAGGGCUACGUCUUGAACCCGGACAAGAAAACGUGCUCACGUUUAGAUCCAUGUUCCCAAGGACAUGACUGCCAACAUAUCUGUGUCAGCAAUGAUGACUCAUACAUCUGCAAAUGUCAAGUGGGAUAUGUGUUGAAUGCAGACCAGAAAACAUGCUCACGUUCAACUACAUGUGCCCAGGGACAUGACUGCCAACAUAUUUGUGUUAACACCGAGGAUUCUUACAUCUGCAAGUGUCCUUUGGGAUAUGUAUUGAAUGCUGACCAGAAAACAUGCUCACGCUCGGAUCCAUGUUCCCAUGGACAUGAUUGCCAGCACAUCUGUGAAAACAAUGAUGACUCGUACAUCUGCAAAUGUCAAGUGGGAUAUAAGUUAAAUGCAGACCAAAAGACGUGCUCACUUUCAGAUACAUGUUCCCAGGGACAUGACUGCCAACAUAUUUGCAUCAGCAAUGAUAACUUGUACAUCUGCAAAUGUCAAGUGGGAUAUGUGUUAAAUGCAGACCAGAAAACAUGCUCACGUUUGGAUAUAUGUACUCAGGGACAUGCCUGCCAACAUAUUUGUGUCAAAAAUGGUCAUUCUCACCAUUGCACAUGUCAUGACGGAUAUGUGUUGAAUGCAGACCAGAAAACAUGCUCACGUUCAGAUCCAUGUGCCCAUGGACAUGAUUGCCAUCACAUUUGCAUAAACAGUGAUGACUCUUACAUCUGCAAGUGUCGAGUGGGAUAUAUUUUGAAUCCAGAUAAGAAAACAUGCUCACGUUCAGAUACAUGUGCCCAGGGACAUGACUGCCAACAUAUCUGUGUCAGUACUGAUGACUCGUUUGUCUGCAAGUGUCGAAUGGGAUAUGUGUUGAAUGCAGACCAGAAAACAUGCUCACAAUCGGAUACAUGUGCCCAGGGACAUGAUUGCCAGCAGAUUUGUGUCAACAGUGAGGAUUCCUAUAUCUGCAAUUGUCGUGUGGGAUAUGUGUUAAAUGCAGACCGGAAAACAUGCUCAAGUUCAGAUGCAUGUGCCCAGGGAAAUGACUGCCAGCACAUUUGUGCCAACAAUGGGAACUCUUACAUCUGCAAGUGUCAAGUGGGAUACGUGUUGAACAUGGAUCAGAAAACAUGCUCUCGUUCAAAUGCAUGUGCUCAGGGACAUGACUGCCAGCACAUUUGUAUCAACAACGGUGACUCAUACAACUGCAAGUGUCGAGUUGGAUAUGUGUUAAAUGCAGACCAGAAAACAUGCUCACAGGAAAUGAGAGGUGAAACAACUCAAGAUGCCUGCAUGUGUGAAGCUCAGAUUGUGUUCCAGAAAAAAGUACAGUCAACCAUACAGGAGCUGAGCAGAAAACUAGAUGAACUUUCAGACAAAGUGAACCUGAUUGAGGGCCAACAGCAGUAUUAAGGACAGUGAUGAAGACGUCAGAAGACGUGUUCAGGACUAGCAAUGUAUCCAAUUCUUUUGACCAACAGAAGUCAUCUGUAACCCUCAAAAACUCUUCAUGUUUCAGUAAAUAUGUUUGGUAUAGUUCUUCAUGGUAUUGAUUUUUCAUGCAGUAGUAGAAUGAUUGUUUUAUAUUAUAAAACCUGCAUUUUGCAUCCACAACAACUGUUAUUACUUCUUACAGUAAAGUCACAUGUAACUGGUGUAAACGUUUACAUAUACCUGUAUCUUUGUAAGAAAAGCUACUUUCUUUCUGGCAGUGUAAGCCAUUGAGAUGAGUCUCAAACUACUGUAUGUAAGAUAAUUAGGUGAAGUUUUGGAAAAUGGAGAAGUGCAAACUUCUAAAAAGAAAAACAAUGUAUAAACAUGUCAAAAGUUUACUUUCAUAAUGAAUGUUUUUGGUGGAAAAAGUGUUGUACUACAUCCUUGUUGUGUAUCCACUGCUCCGAGAGCAUUUCUUGGUCAGUGUUCUUGAUAGAACACAACAGAACAACUAAUCUCUCAUACAAUAAGAGCAUUGUUGUUACCCCUCUGAUUGCAGCAUUAUUAUGCAGAGAAAAGACCAAAAUAAAGCCUGAUCUAAUUGGCCCGUGGUAUUGUUACAUCACAGUGAUUACUAUAAUACUUUUCUUUGAUACCAGAAAGAUUGCAACAACUAUGUUGUUUGGUAAUUAUUGUUUGUUUGUAACAGGUCCAGGACAUGUACAAUUGUUUUAGGGGGAGAGGGAAAACAGUUUAGGAAGUUCAAGGGUUAUAGGACCGCUUCAAUACUCUGCACACUUGGCAAGUCUUGACCAAAGUCUAUAGUAGCAGUCCUAGCAAUUAUAUACUAUUUCAAUGCACUAAGUUUUGAAAUUGUGAGAUUUUAAGAUCCACUCAGUUUUUUUUGCAUCCAGGUAUUUUACUGCACAGUACUUUCUUCAUACAAUACACACACGUAUUGUAUUUUCUACUUCGUCAUAUAUCCAUGAAACACAUUAAAAAGAGUAUUUGUGGUGCAAGGUCUUUGUGUAAACUGACAGUUAUGUGCAUAGCCUACAUAUUAUGGUGCUUUUGUGAUCAAAAACUGUCUCGGUAUUUGUGUAUCUGUAUCUGUAUUUUUUUCUAUUGGAUGUAUAGUUGCACAUGGAAAAUAAAUAUUCUAAAAGAAUGGCUCCUAUA